AUGAUCGUGCGCACCUACGGCCGCAGAUCCCGCACCUUCUCCGACGGCGCCGCCGGCGCCGCCGCCGGCGGAGGCGGAGGGGACCGCGGGCUCUCGUCCUCGCAGGACGCGUUCGACUUCGACGGCGGGGAUGGGGACGACGAGCUCGCGGCGCUGGGCUCGUCCGCGUCGCAGCCCUUCCCGCCGUCGCAGGAGUCCUCCUCGAUGUGGGACUUCGACGAGGACCCGCCCACGCAGCCGCCGCCGCCCCGGCUAGAGGGGCCGCGCCGGAAGGGGCGACGCGGGAGGCACGCCGAGCCCGAGCCCGAGGCGGCCACCGCCACGCUCAUGGAGGCCGAGGAGUACGGGGAGAUGAUGGAGAGCGUCGACGAGGUCAAUUUCGCGCUCGACGGGCUGCGCCCCACCGCGCCCAGGCGGGUGCGCCGGGCAAGCCUGCUCGCGCUGCUCGGGAUCUGCGCGUCCGCCGCGCGCCGCCGCGUCCUCCGGGCUCAGGGACUGGUAAAGCAAAUUAUAGAUAAUGUUUUGGCUCUGAACAUUGAUGAUCCUUCCUGUGGUGUUGCGGCGGCAGCUCUUUUAUUUGUUUUGGCAAGUGAUGUACAAGAGAAUCAUGUGCUAAAUUCAGAAUCGUGUAUUCGGUUUCUUCUUAAAUUAUUAAAUCCUCCAAUGGACGCAAAUGAUGUCAAAGCACCAUCUAUAGGUUCCAAACUCCUUGGAAUCAGUAAAGUUCAAAUGUUUAAUGGCUCAAAUAAGGAUUCUGAUUCCAGCUCAGAUGAUAUCAUAUCAAAAGUCGAAGAAAUCCUCUUAAGCUGUAAAGAAAUCAAGCCACUUGACAGGGAUGGCAAGAGAGCAUCAAGGCCAGAAUUAUGUUCAAAAUGGCUUGCUUUGUUGACAAUGGAAAAGGCAUGCUUGUCAGCUGUCGCAUUAGAGGAGACUUCUGACAUGGUGACCAGAGUUGGAGGGGAUUUCAAAGAAACAUUAAGGGCAUUGGGUGGUCUUGAUAAUAUUUUUGAUGUUAUGGUUGAUUGUCAUUCCUCACUGGAGGGAAUUGUAAAGGAUACCUCCACUCUGUCCUUGGACAUAAAGGAAGGAACAUCUUUGCAAAGUGCUGCACUCCUCCUGAAAUGUUUGAAAAUUUUAGAGAAUGCCACAUUCUUAAGUGAUCAGAACAAGACCCAUUUGCUCAGCAUGAGUAGAAAAUUGAGUCCCAGAGGCUCUACAGUUUCUCUUGUUGGUGUCAUUAUCAAUAUUGUUGAAUUAUUAUCAGUACUGUCUCUCCUUCAGAGUUCUUCCACUGUUUCCAGCAGUACAGAUAAAAAAUCUUCCAAAGGUUGUAAAGGGGGCUGCUCUGCAGACAUCAAGGGUGCAACUACAUUGAAUGGUCAUGGCAAGGGCAAGAACUCAAAGAAAAAUAAGCUUUCGCUGAACCAAAAAUGCCAAAAUUGCUCAUCUUCCAAAUUAGAUGCUUCUCAUAUUAGUAUAUCUUCUACUAGUGAUGUUGGCCUAUCACAAAUGACACUUGAUUGUUCCCAGUCUACUUCAAGCAACAGGGCAUCAAGUGGUUCAUUAGGUGAGAGGCACAGCAAUGGUCUUGGUCUUGGUCUGAAGCUUAAUAUAAGAAAGGAACGUGGUAAAGCCAACCCAAUUAGAGGCUCAAGUGGAUGGGUUUCUAUAACAGCACAUAGUUCUGAUGGAACGUCCAGAGAAAUGGCAAAACGACGACGUCUGUCUGAAAACGGCAACAGUGAUUUGAGAAGUGGCAGUGGUAGUGAUCCUUUUGCAUUUGAUGAUGUUGAUCAGGAGCCUGAACUAUUUGGUCAAAAAAAGAGAUCAACACAUGGCUGUCAAGCAAAAUCAGCGAAUGAGAAAUUGUCGGACGAUCGUGGGAUUGCUGUGAUUGGAAGUCAGGAAUCAUAUCAACCUGAAGAUAAUAAUCAUCAUCUGGGUGCAACAUCCCAUUCUAAUGUUGACGAUGAUUCCAAUCUUUUGGAAGACUGCCUUUUGGCAUCAAUUAAGGUUCUUAUGAACUUAGCAAAUGACAACCCAUCUGGUUGUGAACAUAUUGCAUCAUGUGGUGGACUUAACACAAUGGCCUCCUUGAUCAUCAAGCAUUUCCCUUCAUUUGAUUUCUCCGUGGACACUGGCCGAGAUGUCGAUCUUUUACAAGACCUCACCGAUUCCGAGGACAGCAAAGCAUGCCAAGUGAAAGCUAAGCAACUGCGAGAUCAUGAGCUUGAUUUUCUGGUUGCCAUAUUGGGCUUGCUUGUCAAUCUCGUGGAAAAAGAUAGCCUUAAUAGGGUACGGCUUGCAUCUGCUCGUGUUUCUGUGGAUCUGUCUAAGAAUGCGCAGAGUGAAAAGGCACAGAGGGAUGUUAUACCACUCCUCUGUUCAAUCUUCUUAGCAAGUAAAGGUUCUGGGGAAGCUUCUGCAACUAUAUCACCGGAUGAUGAAGAGUCAAUGUUGCAAGGAGCACGGGAAGCUGAAAUGAUGAUCGUGGAGGCCUAUGCUGCCCUCGUGCUUGGCUUUCUUUCGAUAGAAAGCAUGAAGGUUCGAGGAGCGAUUUCCAGCUGCCUUCCAAAUAACAACUUGAAAGUUCUUGUGCCCGUGCUAGAGAAAUUUGUGGCGUUUCAUCUGCAGCUUAAUAUGAUGACAGACGAAACACACUCAUCUGUUACAGAAGUUAUCGAAAAAUGCAAACUAUGA